AUGGACAUUCAGCCAUUGCUUUCAUUGUUACGACCUGAGAAUAUGCGAAGUAUGGCUGAGUUGGCAACAGAGUUAUCGUCAAUGGCAACUAAUAAUAUGAAAGAGAACGAGAGAGAUGUUCAGAGGACGAUAGCCGCUCCGAAACCACCGACACCCGAACAAAGACCGUCACAGAUGAUUGGUGGAGCUAUCCAAAACUUGGCGUUCCAAGGACGAAACGCCUUCCUCGAUGCUCUUGAUAAAAUGGGAUCUCAAAAUGCCAACCCCACUCCUCCACCACCUCCAUCCACAUUCCCAACUCUUCCUCCAAUGACUUUCGGAACUCCGCCUCUUCCUUCGACUCCAUCUACAGUAACCAUGCCACCAAUUUUUGGAAUUUCCAAUUCUCAAGAUUCGUCUUCUAGAGAUAAUACGUUUGAUACAGGCGGACGAGAUGUUUUGGGAGUUCGAGAAUUCAAAAAGAACGUUGCGAUGGGAGAGAAGAUUCGAGAGAUUCGAUAUGCUGAACCCAUUGGAGAAGCUCUUCCAGAAGCACAAGAUGCCGUUCCAGUCGAAGUGGCUGCUCCAGCUUCUGCAUCUUCUGCUGCCGCUGCUGCUCCAACGCUGUCAAGGCCUCCAGCACCUACAAACUCAUUCGAUGGAUCUCCAUUCAUGCAAAUCGCCCGUCGUUUCCUUCAAGUUGGCACCGGUACUCAGCCCCAGGGAGCAUCUGGAAAACCAGAGCCGCUCCCCCAAAUCGGAAUUCAAGAUCUCGUGCCAAAUGCCGAUAGUAAUUUCGGUUUGCCACGUGGAAAAGGAUGUCUUCCAUUUAUUUCUGAAUUUAUGCAAAUCGCAUAUGGAAAAUGUCAAGAUCAAGCUGAUGAGAAGACAUUCGAUGCGUGGGGUGAAGAACUCCGAAGAGCAAUCAUGACAGGAGAGAUUGAUCUUCUGAAGGCAUCACAAGAAACGUGUCGACGCGGUGCCGAAAGACAGCAAUGCGAUUCAUUGAGAGAGGCUGUUGCCACGUGUGAUGUGAUUGCUAGUUUAGAGAUUGGAACUCAAUUGCAGAGAGCUAUGAAACGAUGUGAGGAGGUUUCUGGAAUGAUGGAUCAGUCACCAGCAGCUGUUUUAGGACAACUGAAUAACUUGAUUAGCGGGGAAGUAGCUCAGGGAUUCUUCAAUAACUUCCUGAAAAAUGGUUAA